AUGGGAUAUCCAGAUUUGGCUGAAAAAUACUUCAUUCGUUUGUUGAACCAACUUCCACCAAAUGACCAUUUACGCGGUGACCUAUAUGAAGACCUUGCCAAACUUGCAGCUCAAGCAAAAGACUAUGACAAAAGUCUUCAAUGGCGUAAAAAGGCUCUCAAAUUCAAAAAUGAACAUUCAUCAGAAUCAAGCACGAAUAUUAAUCCAAUCGAAGACAAAACCAAUUCAACCAACGUCACUACAAAAGAAAUGAUAAAUCAGGUUUCGGAAAUAAUGGCGGAAAUGUCUCAAUUGCAAAAUUUUACCACACCUAGCUAUUUUUUCAUUUUACCGACAAGAAAAUGCGAUAAGAUGUUCAUCAGUAAUGAACAAAACUGGUUUCGUAUUCAUUAUAAACUCUACUUUCUAUGUGAAUGCUCACAUGAAGCAAAUGAAAUGCAUGUCGCUCCUCAUGAAGGUUAUUUGAUUAGAAUGCCAAGAGACUUUGUUGUGCAGUAUGGACUCUAUUUGAGAACAACUUUAAAUAUCGUUCGAAUUCUUCUUUCAAGUGGACGCUUUGCUCUUUCGAAAAAUGGUAGUGCAGCACCAUUGAAAUUUAACACUCCUGAAGAGAAGGAAACUAUAAAACAGCAAUUAGACUUGGUUGAAGCAUUAAUUAAUAAAUUUGAUAAUAAACGAAAUCGUCCCCGUUCAUCCAUGGCUGAUAUUGAGAAAUCAAGGGAAGUUCCACUUCAGGAAGUCGAACUACGCGAGCUUGAAACAUAUCUGGAACUUGCUGACAAUCAAUGUACUCUGGGCAACUUAUAUCGAGCAAUUACUAUUAGUGGAUAUGUUCUUUGGGUAUGUCUUGGACAUUACAAUAACGUUAGUUUCAAUAAUGAAAUGAGUAAGUAUAUAAAAGAUUUUUUGGCUAUGGGAGGCAAAUUCGAUAAUAAAAACAACGAAGCUAUGUUGAGUAAAGGGAAUUUAACCGAGGUAUUGAGGAGUCAUAAUUCAAUUAAAUAUCUCAGUCUACAUGUUCAAGAUAUAAGACCAUCGACUCAGAAAGAAAUCCAUUUGAUAAAAUCACUAAAAAAUGACGAAUUCAUCUCCCGUCUUUGUAUUUCUGGAUUAACUGUUUCAAACCAACUCGCCAAAGCACUUAUACAUGCUGCGAAAGAACGUAAUACGCUAACUCAUGUGGAAUUUUAUUAUAGUCAAAUGACUGAAGAUGAUAUGGCACAGCUACAUUUAUUGUAUAAUGAUGGAACUUUGAUUCAACUGGUCUUCUCGGAAAAAACACGUUGGAAUACAAUACUUAAAGAAACGAAUCAAGAAUCGAGAAGAGGUAAGAGUUGA